GGAAGCUGCCACGAUGACGAUGAGUACAAACAACUGCGAGAGCAUGACCUCGUACUUCACCAACACGUACAUGGGGGCGGACAUGCACCAUGGCCACUACCCGGGCAACGGGGUCACCGACCUGGACGCCCAGCAGAUGCACCACUACAGCCAGAACGCGAAUCACCAGGGCAACAUGCCCUACCCGCGCUUCCCGCCCUACGACCGCAUGCCCUACUACAACGGCCAGGGGAUGGACCAGCAGCAGCAGCAGCACCAGGUCUACUCCCGCCCGGACAGCCCCUCCAGCCAGGUGGGCGGGGUCAUGCCCCAGGCGCAGACCAACGGUCAGCUGGGGGUGCCACAGCAGCAACAGCAGCAGCAGCAACAGCCCCCGCAGAACCAGCAGCAGCAGCAGGCGCAGCAGGCCCCGCAGCAGCAACUGCAGCAGCAACUGCCGCAGGUGACGCAACAGGUGACACAUCCGCAGCAGCAGCAACAGCAGCCCGUCGUCUACGCCAGCUGCAAGUUGCAGGCGGCCGUCGGCGGGCUGGGCAUGGUGCCCGAGGGCGGCUCGCCCCCGCUGGUGGAUCAGAUGUCCGGCCACCACAUGAACGCCCAGAUGACGCUGCCCCACCACAUGGGCCAUCCGCAGGCGCAGUUGGGCUACACGGACGUGGGAGUUCCCGACGUGACAGAGGUCCAUCAGAACCACCACAACAUGGGCAUGUACCAGCAGCAGGCGGGAGUUCCGCCGGUGGGCGCACCGCCCCAAGGAAUGAUGCACCAGGGCCAGGGUCCUCCUCAGAUGCACCAAGGACAUCCUGGCCAGCACACGCCCCCUUCCCAAAACCCGAACUCGCAGUCCUCUGGGAUGCCGUCUCCACUGUAUCCCUGGAUGCGAAGUCAGUUUGAACGCAAGCGCGGAAGGCAGACGUACACCCGGUACCAGACCCUGGAGCUGGAGAAAGAGUUCCACUUCAACCGCUACUUGACCCGUCGGCGGAGGAUCGAGAUCGCCCACGCCCUGUGCCUCACGGAGCGCCAGAUAAAGAUUUGGUUCCAGAACCGGCGCAUGAAGUGGAAGAAGGAGAACAAGACGAAGGGCGAGCCGGGAUCCGGAGGCGAGGGCGACGAGAUCACGCCACCCAACAGUCCGCAGUAGACCGAGUCCGACGGAGCCUCACCAGUUAAAUGAAAUUUCUAUCUAAAUACAAUUUACGUUAGUUCGGAGAGCGCCAAUGAAUUUACUUCGAUCCCAGAGGACUAUCUAUUACCUAUCCAACCCGUUGACUUCGCGUGAACUAAACUAAACAAAGAGCAGAGCUGAGAACUCUACCUACAACUUAGUUAAUUGUUAUUAUUUUCUACUUAUUAUUUAAUUGUACACGAAUGGCAAGUGGAGAAAGCGAAAUAAGAUAAACGUAAAGAUAGCGAUUACGAUAAAGAUACAAGUAAAGCGUAAAACUCAAACAAAACCAACUCAUGUGACCUCAGAUCUAAAUAAGCUAUAUUUAACUAUAAUGCAUAUAUAUACACAUAAAUAUAUGGAUAACUAUACAUGAUACCAAGUAAAGCUAAAGGCAAGGCGUUAUAUAUUAAUAAAUAUAUAUGAAGCAUAUAUACUAUAUACACGAUAACAUUAGUUCUUACGCGUCAUAAGUACUGUACGAUUAACUUAUAUAUACACCCCUGCAUAAACCCUAAACCUAAAACAUAAACAUUAAACUAAAUCAAUGUUUGUAGCAAUCCUAGCACAAAAGUAUAAAAUAAAGACAAAUAAAAAUCUAAAAAACCAAGUGGCGUCAAAAUCCAUUGCAUGUUGGUUCGAGAAACCCAUAAAUAUUUCGUAACACUGAACACGAUAAUAGAAAACUUUGCCCUAAGUGAAUGUCGCAAAUUUAGACAAAGAAAUACCAAAAUCGCAGAGGAACGUUGCUUAAAGUAAACAAAACGUUUUACUCAUACAAUAAAAAAUAAAAAUAAAUAGAAAGAAAUCGCAAAGGAUUGGCAACAUUUCAAAAUAAUAGAUGUAAAAAUUCGGCAACUACACAUUAUAAAACUCUCAAGUGGAAAUUUAAUCUUAACAAAUUUGAGAGCUCCUCAACUUUCGGUUAAAAGAGCCGCCUUUUCUGUAUUUUUUAUACUCUUAAUUUUUUGUGCAAUUUUAAGUUCUUGCAAACAUAAAAUUCGAAUUAGGUCGAAAAGGAUAUAAAGUAUACCGAAAUGCAUAAAAAUAUAUGAAUUGUCAAUGGCGAGGAAGAAUAUAAAUUGUUAACAGACGAACACAAAGAAUAUGUAUAAAUAAUGAAUUCGUGCAAGAACCCUGUAAAGUAGUAAAUUGAAAUGCAUUAUUAUACGAGGAUGUAGAGAACUCUUUUGAAAGCAGAACCGAACGAUUUCUAUAUGAAUAUUCGCCUAACAACUAAUUAAAUGUAUGUACGUAACUCAAACUCAAUUUCCACGCCAUCUGUGGAAAUCCAUAUACCAAAGUCAAAGGAACGAAGGAGAAAGAGAUAAAAGGUCGGGAAGGAAAACUAUAAAGCAUCAUAUGUUUAUAUGUAGAUAUAUAUAAUUAAACAAGCCUCUUAUAAAACAUGUAUCUUUAUAGAGCGUUUCGUUUGUAAAUUCCCCAGAAAACCCUUCCCCUCCCAAACCGAUUCCCAAUCCAAGGUGAAAGGAUUUGUGAUUUGCAAUAGAAGAAAAUAGUCAAAAGAACUCGUAAAAUCUUUACAAUGUAUUGGCUAGAAGAACCUUGAGAGCAAAAUUCAACUCAAUCCAGAUACGUAACUUUCGGCCUCAUUCUGUAAGAAACUAUUAAUUUAAGUUUCAAUUCAGAAAAUUAAAAAAAAUUGGAAAACACAUAAACAUAGAAUGUAGAGAUUCACAAGAAACAAAAUUCGAAGGCGUUGAUAAAAAUAUAUAUAUUUGAAACGAAACAAAAACAUUAAAUACACCCAAACAUUUGUGCGAAAUUGAAACGAAAUGUGGAAGCUAAACAAUUUGUUGUAAAUAAAAUUUAAACUUUAGUGUAAACAAGAUGGAUGGAGAAUGCAGUGGGCGGGCUGCAGGCAAAGCAAAAAGCAUAAAGAAAAUUAUAAUUAAAUUACAAAUGAGAUUUUGUUUUUAUUUGUAAUAUUUAUAAUAAAAAUAUAGUAUUUAAAAAUUUAA